ACACAACUGACCAAUCUGAUUUAAUUCUCCAAAAAAUUGCGUACUUUUAAUUAAUUAUAGCAAUUCUUUACUCUUGGUUUUUCUGCCAGUCUGGAGAAAUGGGACUUGCUGAAAUUAGUUCAAAGACUGUGAGAUUAUGGUUAGUGGAUGGGGGUUGCUUUGACCCUAAACAUACAAGAAAACCAGGAUUGGUUUCUACUAAAAAUGUCAAUCUAAUUUUGACUUUCUUAGGAUCACAUUCACUAGACCACAGAAUAUAAAGGAUGGUUCUGCUUAAAUUAAAUGUCUGGGGACAAAACUACACAAGUUUGUUACACCCACAGUGAAACAUGCCAUGGAGAUGGGCAAAAAAUAUAAAAUUAAAAGAAUAUUAUAUAAUGUGUUAAUGUUAAAUUAUGUAACACAAAUUUAAUCAAUGAAAAACCUUUCAAAAUUAAAGUUGCUAUAUUUAUGUCCGACUCUUUUUGUUUGUUUGAAUUUUUUACAAAUUAAUAAUCACUGCCUAUAUAUAAUUAAGAAUAAUACAAUUAAAAUGACUCAUUUUCCUGAACCCUAAAACGUCACAAUUUACCUGAAUGACUUAUAGAGGGCGCUUCCCGCGGCCCAUGACAACUGCGCAGGUCAACUAUGUUACGUCAGACAUUUCAAAAUAAUUAUAUAGCACGAUUAAAAAGCUCCCCGAAAUUGUAAGUGAAUGCAAGUAACAAUGGGACCAGAACUGAACAGAUGGUCGCAAUAUGUGCAAGUCUCCCCGAGGCCAACGCCGGGACCCACUUUGGGAAGGGCCAUCACGAAAAAUUUGUCUAAUGAACUUUUCACCGAAGAAAAUUUUCUCAGCGUUCCACGACAUGUCAGUGCUGUUUUGCUGACCAAUUUCAAUCCUGUUUUAUAUGAGCAGUUCGAGGAACGAGCAAUCGAAGACCGAAUGAGUUUGGGAAUGGGUCAGUCAACAGAAAUGGAUAACUUGUAUUUCUUUUGGAGUCGCCAUAUUAAAAUUGAAUAUUGCGAAACUAUGUACAGGAAAUUCAAGUUGUAUGCGCUUGAAGACGCCAACGUGGGAAAGCGCACAGGUCUCAAAUACCUAUGCAGCUAUUACAUCAGUGGAUUAUCGAAAAAUUUCAUUUCUGAAGUGUACGAAGACUUCCAAAUGGUGACCAAGGCAGAUUUUGAAAACGGCUCUAUUAUGGCCAUAAAAUUAUUCAAAACUCUUAAGGAGAGGUGCACUUGGAUGGUCCUGACUUCCCCAGAACUUGCAACCUAUUUAGAAAGUUACAAGUCCAAUGAAGAUUUGUAUGAAAUGAGAUACAUGACAACAAAUCUCGACAACGUGCUUCCAUUGGUACCGUACGAACUUAACGGUGGAGGAAUGGAUUUUUAUCAGUUAGUAGACUAAGAUUUAGUUCCUAAUUGUUAGCUUAGUUGCUCUAUUAAUGUUGUACUUCUAGAAAAUAAGAAAUGAAUGUGAAUAUUUUCUAUUUAUAUUAAAAUUUCAUUGGAUUUUUUGAAUUCUGUUUUAAUUUAUCCUGUAAAAGGAUAAUAGGGGUAAAAUAAAAUAUUGUGGUUUGUUUAAUAUAAUAUAUAUUUACAAAAAAAUAACAUAAUUGGGAUUCAAUUUUAAAAAUUCAAUUAUUUUAAAAGACAAGCGCUGCUAUUACACACAAUUACUCCAGAGAUCUUUAUUGGCACCAGUUAAAACUAUGUCAGCAAUGUUGUGCAGAAUGAUAUAUUUGGAGUCCUAAAUCGACAACGAUGCCGUACAAACAGCUGCAAUCAUGCAAUAGGCUAAACAUAAGCAGGAUAAGAUCCACAAUUAUGCAUUGCAAUAUACAGUGUGAUUGAACUGAAAUUUGUAAUUAAUUUUGAACAAUUUACACUGGAAUGUUUUUAGUUUCGUUGACUUUUCUAAUUCUCUUGUAUUUCAAUCAAAUAAAGAAAAUGUUGGUUCAAUCAAAACUGCUUUACUGACCACCGAUGGUGUUCGGGUCAAUUUAUAAAACCCUACUUAAUAAUAUACAAUGUACAAAAA